AUGUCGCCAAACAAAAUAUCGGACUUGACAAGUGACCAGCCCAAGUACGACGCCUUUCAAAGCGUACCAACCGACUCAUCGUGUCCGCCAAGUGAAGCCGACAACUACGCUGCACAGUACUAUACAGACAUGUUGGAGGAUACACAGCGUGAACCUAUGAAUCAAGACCAAUAUGACAAGAUCUAUGGGUAUCGAAGGCCUGAUCAUAAGCAUCCUGUCAUGAUUCGAAAGUUUUUGAAAUUCUCGAAACGAUAUACGAAGCCGUUCAGUUCUGGAUCGGCGUUCUUGGAUAUGCUGGUUAGCUUCAUUCCUUUUAUUAGGUAGGUUGGUUGAGGUGAAAUUAGGCUUUAAUUUGUAAAAAAGAAGGCUGUAUGGAGAAGAGAAAGGUGGUAGGCUUUUAAGGUAGGGUAGAUUUUGAUGGUAGAUUUUAAAAGUAGGGUAGAUUUUAAGGGUAUGGUAGAUUUUAUGGGUAAGGCAGUUUUUAUAGGCAGGGUAAAUUUUUUUUUGAGGGUAGAGUAGGUCUUAAGGGUAGGGUAGAUUUUAAAGGUAGAAUAGAUUUUGAAUAUACGGUAGUUUUUGAAGGUACGGUAUAUUUUAACAGUAGGGUAGGUUUUAAGGGUAGGUGGGUUUUGAAGGCAGGGUAGAUUUUGAGGGUAGGGUAGAUUUUCAAAGUAAGGUAGGUUAUAAGAGUAGGGUAGAUUUUGAGGGUAGGGUAGGUUUUAAAAGUAGGGUAAGUUUCAAGGACAGGGCAGGUUUUAAGCGUAGGGUAGAUUUUGAUGGUUAUGCUGAAAACGACACCACUCCCAAAAAAAAUUUUUAAAAAAAAGUUGAAGGUGCCCCCUCUCCCCCCCCUGUGGACUUUUUUUUACCUUCAGACCAGAAGUCUUCGCCCGGCCCUACUAAUCCUAUCUUUUUUUUCCAGGUGGUUCCCCCGCUAUCCAUGGGGAGAAAAUCUAGCACCCGAUAUCAUUGGUGGCUGCACAAUGUCUGUCGUACAGAUCCCUCAAGGCAUUGCCUAUGCCGUUCUAGCUGGACUAGAUCCGGUCGUUGGUCUUUACAUUUCCUUCUUUCCUCCGCUGUUCUACAUGUUUUUUGGAACGUCACGGCACAACUCUGUUGGUGCUUUUGCUGUUGUGGCGUUGAUGUCAAGGGUGGCUGUGAACGAGUACUCGACAUUGAACCCUUUGGCACAUCAAAAUGGAACGUUGGUUGAGGAUACGGAUAGAGUGUUCUAUACUCCUGCUCAAGUUGGCAGCACCUUGGCUUUUACUGUCGGCUUGGUUCAUGUAAGUGUUUGGUUAAAUAAGUUUUGUCAGGUUUAAGUUAGAGCUAGGGCUCUGGGCUAGGGCUCCGGACACCGGGCUAGAGCUCUGGGCUAGGGUUUUGGGCGAGGGUUCUGGGCUAGGGCUCUGGGCUAGGGUUCUGGACUAGGACUCUGGGCUAAGAUUCUGGGCUAGGGCUAGUCUUUUAUCACAUUUAAAGUAAUAACCUUUACUAUUUUAGUUAACAAUGGCCGUGUUAAGGCUAGAAUUUAUCUGUACCUACUUCUCUGAUGCUGUCGUCAGUGGGUUUUCGACUGGAGCUGCCACUCAUGUCUUCAUAACCCAAUUGAACGCUUUCUUUGGCCUCAAAGGACUACCUGAACGUAAUGGAGCUGGCAAUCUGAUUUGGGUAAAAUCUUUUUUUUUAAUGUGCCCGGCCAUUUGCCAUUACGUAUUUUACAAAAAUUGACGAAAUGUCACAAAAAGUAUUGGUUUCUGAAAUAAAAAAACCAACUAUUUAGAGUUCUUUCUGAACACAAAAUUAACAUUUUAGACAAUAUUUAAGCAACACUAAAUAUUUGAUAAAGUGUUACAAAAAUUAUUGAUUUUUCAAAAUUUUCCAAAAUUGUUUUUAAAUAAUUUUUAAAUAACCAAAACGCAUUUUAAGUAAUUUUUCUAUUAAAAUUAAACUUGUAUUCAACGUAAAACAAAAAAAUAUAAAUGGACGAAAUGUCAACUCACUCUUUUCAGAAAUUAAACGAUAUUGUUCAUGCCCUACCGGUGAAGAUCAACUACAUAACCACGAUUGUAUCAAUUGGAGCAGUACUAUUCUUGGUAAUCGGCAAAAACUAUAUUAACCCAUACGUGACAAGACGCUUUAAAUUGCCAGUGCCUAUCCCAUUCGAACUGUUAUUGAUUAUUUUUAUCACUCUAACGUCAUUGGCUUUGAAUUUGAAUCAAACCUACAAAGUGGCUAUUGUCGGCAGUCUGCCUCAGGGGUGAGUUUACUAGUAUUUAUAAAAAGUAGAUUUAAAAAUGGCAAUUAAAACACAACUUUCCAUUCUUUGAAAAUUAGACGAAGUUUUGAGAAUUUGAAAAAAUCAAUAAUUUUUGUGGCUUUUUGCAACAUUUUAAUAAAUUCAUAAAAAUGUUAAAAAUAAAAGUAAGAAUGUUUUGGAGUUAAUUUUUGCUUUAUAAAACUGAAUUUUAAACUUUAGAAAAAUCAAUAAUUUUUGUGACAUUCCGCAACAUUUUCCAAUAAUUUUUGUAACAAAACGUCAAUUUUUAAACAUAUGUAAAAAUGCAUAAAGAAAUUUAAUAUUUUAAAGAAAAUUUUAUAAUUCACCACAUUACAGUAUGCCCCACGCUCACCUACCUCAAUUCGAGCUUAUUCCCAAACUUCUACCGUACGCCAUUAGUAUCUCCAUCGUAGUAGCGGCAAUCCACAUUUCGUUAGCCAAAAUGUACUCAAAGAAGUUUGGCUACAAGACAGAUUCCGGUCAAGAAUUCUAUGCUUUGUCAUUCACAGCCAUGUUGUCAUCACUGUUCCCACUGUACCCAAUUUGCUGUUCAUUAGGACGUACUGUAGUCAAUGUGGAUGCUGGUACUAAAACUCAAUUUUCAUCAGUAUUCUCAAGUGCUAUCAUCGCUCUACUCAUCUUCUUUAUUGGCCCAGCACUGAGGACUUUGCCUAUGAGUAUACUAGCUGUGAUUAUUAUGGUUGCCUUGACUGGUAUGUUCAGGAAGGCUAGCGAGCUCAAGACGCUUUGGCCGAUCAGCAAGUUCGACUUCUUUAUUUGGGUCGUGAGCUAUGUCGCUACAGUGGCAUGGGAUGUAACUCCUGGCUUGGGCGUGGCAUUGUGUUUUGCCUUGCUGACAACUGUGUUCCGUACCCAAUGGCCUAGAUGGUUCCAGCUGAUGCAGUUGCAGGGUACUGAUGAGUACAAUGCUCGAUAUGAAAAGAGCAAUGAUAAUAAUGUAAGUUACUGAUAAGAAAUUGAAACAAAUUUUUUGUACUUUUUUUUUAUAAAAAACAUAUAUUUUAAUACUUCAAGCAAUUAAAAAGUUAAAACCUUAUUAUCUAAAAAUCGAUAAUUUUUGUGACCCUUCGUCAAACUUAAAUCUUGGCUAACAAGGAAAGUACCCGACCUGCCCCGUUCUGAUUGACUUCAAACUUUUAAUAUAGAAAAAUCAUGUAAAUAUAAGAUCUUCAGCAAAGCAGUAAACCGCGCUUUCCAGCCAAUCUCGAAAAAAAAGAGAUCAAAAAAUUACGUUUUGAAUUUCCCGCCAAAUUGGCAUUGUGUUUCAAGCCUAUAACUUUGUCAUUUUUUGACUUUUAGGAAUAUUUCUUCGAUAUACUAGUAGAAUACCUUUAAAUGAACUUACAUUUUUAAACUUGUAAGCGUAGCUUGACUGGAACGUCAAAAAAAGCGCUUGAAACACAAUGCCAAAUUUGCAAAAUUGGCGGGAAACCAAAAUAAUUCAAAUUUGAAACUCAAAAGCGCGAGCUAAAAACCAAUACAUGUACUAUUGGUAGUACAAGGAACUCAUAUAAAAAUUUUGAGCUGCAUCUGAGCGGGGCAGGUUGGGCACUUUCCUUGUAAGAAAGUUUAUAAAAUAACAGUAUCAGCCUUAAAAACGCAAAAAAUAUGUUUUUUCAUUUUUAAAAAACUAAUACUUUUGUGACAUUUCGCAACAUUUUCAAAUAAUUUGUGUAAAAUACGUUGGAGAUAGGUUUUAGUAUAAAUAAUGACUUUUUAAAAGUUAUAAUGCACUUUUAAAACAAAAAAAUGUUUUUUAAAUGUUUUUAAAAAUUUUUUAAUUUUCAAACAUUUAAUUUUUUUCAUUUUAGGGAAUUUGCAUUUUCCGUUUCGACGCGCCAAUCUUGUUCACCAACGUAGAGCGCUUCAAGGACUGUAUAGACAAAGCCUUGGCUAGCUGGAAGAAUGACAAACCUCAUCUAAUUGGUCCAGAAGAUCUCCAAGUUAAAGUCGUGGACAAAGUCAAGACCAUCGAAGACCUCAAGAAUGCCAUGAACAAACCUGCGUCUGAAGAAGAGUGGUUUAAGAACAUUGGCUUCAGGCACUUUAUCAUUGAUUGUAGUGGCUUUACCUUCAUCGAUUACAUGGGAGUAAACGCGCUGAAAGAGAUCUACUCUGACCUUCAUAAACAACAUUGUUUGGUUUACUUCGCUGCGGCCAAAGCUACAGUCUUGGACUUGUUUGAAGAAUGUGGUUUCUACAAGACUGUGCCUAAGGGCAACUUCUAUCCAACGUUGCGGGAUGCGGUUAUGAUUGCCAAGAAUCGACGACGACAAGGUACCUUCUACUUAUUGGACCAAAUUGGUACCAAAUAUGACCCGGUGGACGAGAAAUUCAAUAUUCAUACGGUGACGUAG